UUACCACACUGCAAUUGGGCUACGCCGCAACUUAACGCAGCGCUCUGCAUCAUCGAAAAGGCAGCGUACGGGUACAAUCUACUGCAGCAUCAUAUUCUGCCACCAACAAUGGAAAGGGGAAAUACAUUUGAUCCAAAGUGGCACAGUGCGCUUUGGUUUGCCAUGUUGUUGAUAUUCUUCAUAUUUCAAGGCGCCAGUCCUGAGAUAACGUGCAGGUCGUGUCAGGUUGGAAAUAGGGGUGUUGCGCGGGAAUUGUUGCUAAAAUUUGUCACAAACGAAAAUCUGACAGGAUUUAAGGAAGUUGAUGGACGCAGUUUUGAGACUGGGAGGUCCCGGGAUGAAAGUGGCAGAACUCCACGGCUCCGUCGCGCAUCUUCGCCCGCUGAACGCGCUCCAGACUCGGGGGACGCGUCGAGGCUUUCACGGAAUACAGAAACGCAGCGCUCAAAUGAACAAAUCACCAAGAACCACUUUUCGGCGAUCAAAGUUCCACGAUACGACCGUGAUGGCGGUGCGAAUAAAGAACGCGGGAGAAGAGUUGGACGCCAGGCUUCUGGUGGCAGAGUGACGCGCUCUGAACUGCGCUGGACCAGUGAGGAGAGGAGAGCCGGCGGAGCCAGGCAAGGCGAGCUCAAACUUAACAGCUCCACCUUUGCCUUGACCGGGGAUUCAUCUCACAACCAAGCUAUGGUGCACUGGUCCGGCCAGAAUAGCAGCGUGAUUUUGAUGCUGACCAAAUUAUUUGAUUUCAACCUCAACAGUGUGACUGAGAGUUCAUUAUGGAGGUCGACUGACUAUGGAGCAACAUACCAGAAGCUGAAUGACAAAGUUGGAGCAAAGACAAUACUCAGUUAUUUGUACGUGAGCCCAAACAACAAAAGAAAGAUUAUGCUCUUAACGGAUACUGAAGUGGAGAACAGUCUUCUGAUAAGUUCUGAUGAAGGAGCAACAUACCAGAAGUAUCGGCUGGACUUCUAUAUCCUCAGCCUGCUCUUCCAUCCUGAGCAAGAGGACUGGAUUCUGGCUUAUAGUCAUGACCAAAAGCUCUACAGCUCAGUGGAGUUUGGGAGAAGGUGGCAACUGGUGCACGAGAGAGUCACUCCAAAUCGUUUUUAUUGGUCAAAAAUGGGUUUGGACAAGGAGCCAGGUUUGAUUCACCUGGAAACAACCAUUGCUAAAGGACAUGCAAUGUAUGUCACCUGCAAGCUUCAGAACUGCACGGAUGCCAACAAGCGCAAACCGUUCCCAGGAUAUAUUGACACCAAUUCUCUAGUUGUUCAAGAUGAGUAUGUGUUUGUCCAGGUGUCAACUACAGGGAAGACAAUCUACUAUGUGUCUGCCAAAAGAGAUGUCUUUUCACCAAUGAAAUUGCCAAAGUACACACUGCCCAAGGACUUGCAUGUUAUCAGUACAGAUGAAAACCGUGUUGUGGCAGCUGUACAGGAGUGGAACCAAAAUGAAACAUACAAUUUGUACGUGUCUGACACAUCAGGCAUCUAUUACACUCUGUCUUUGGAGAAUGUUGUCAGUAGCAUGGGUCCUGAAGGAAAUGUUAUGGUUGAUCUAUAUGAGGUGGCAGGCAUAAAAGGCAUGUUCUUGGCCAAUAAAAAGACAGAGAAGCAAGUAAAGACUCACAUUACCUACAACAGAGGAAGAGAUUGGAGGUUGUUGCAGGCCCCAAGCAAAGACCUGCGAGGCAAUAGCAUACACUGUAUGCCACCAUAUUGUUCAUUGCAUCUUCAUCUUCAUGUCUCUGCAAAUCCCUACACAUCUGGAAACAUCGCAAGUAGGGACUCAGCACCUGGGAUCAUUGUGGCAUCAGGUUCCUUUGGUUCUGAGCUCUCCACCAGCAAUAUUAGUGUAUACAUAACCUCGGAUGCAGGCAACACAUGGAGACAGAUCUUCAAUGAGGAAUAUGCAGUUCUCUAUCUUGACCAAGGAGGAGCCUUAGUUGCAAUAAGACACACCCCACUUCCCAUCCGACACUUGUGGUUAAGCUUUGAUGAAGGACGACAGUGGAACAAGUACAGCUUCACCAGCACACCUCUAUUCAUGGAUGGUGUGCUGGGAGAGCCAGGGGAAGAGACACUAAUCAUGACGAUAUUUGGCCACGUCAGCCAUCGCUCAGAGUGGCAGUUAGUGAAAAUUGACUUCAGAUCCAUUUUCAACAGAAGAUGCACAGAGGAAGAUUAUCAGACUUGGCACCUUCACAAUCAGGGGGAGCCCUGUCUUAUGGGAGUGAAAAGAAUUUAUAGGAAGCUGAAGCCUACAUCCAGGUGUGUGAUGGGAAAGGUGUACUCCGUUUUAAUGUCGUCAGGUCCUUGUGACUGCACGGAGGCUGACUUUGAAUGUGAUUACGGUUACGAGCGACGGACGGAUGGCAAGUGUAGUCCUGCCUUUUGGUUCCAUCCAUCAGUGAUGUCCAGGAGUUGCACCACAGGGAUGACCUUCUUGAACAGCACCGGCUACAGGAAGGUGGUCUCAAACAACUGUACAGCUGGAGUCAUUGUGGAAUACACAGCCAAGAAGCAGCAGUGUACCAUGCAAGCACCCAAAGGUCUUCACCUGGUUACCAGUGGGGGUACACUAUCGGCUGUAGUGGGCACCAAUGUCACCUUCCUCAUUUUUCUGGAGCAUGGUGACGCAGCACAAACAAGCAUCACCCUGGAGUUCGGGGACGGUCACGCCCUAACGUAUUCCAAUCUCAGCUCCAUUGAGAAUGGGAUCAAACACAUCUACAAAAACGCAGGGAUCUACCGGGUUACUGCUCUGGGGGAAAACAAGCUUGGCACAGAAACUGCUAUUCUUUAUCUGCACAUUAUAUGUCUACUGGAAUCCUUACAUCUCUCCGCUCCAUUUGUUGCUGUGAAGAAUAAGAAAGUGAACCUGACAGCGAUCCUGUGGCCUAGCCAAGUGGGAACAGUCACCUAUAUCUGGUGGAUUGGAAAUAGCACUGAGCAGCCCAUAAUUACCCUUGAGCCAAGUCUGACGUGUACAUUUUCCCAGGAAGGAAUCAGCACAGUCACUGUUCAGGUGUCUGCAGGGAAUAUUAUUCUGCAGGAGAGAAAGGCCAUUUCAGUCCACGAAUAUUUCCAGUCUCAUUUACUGGCUUUUUCUUCAAACCUGGACGAACACAAUCCGGAUGUUCCAGAAUGGAGGUUGGAUAUGAGUAGGGUCAUCAAAAAUUCACUUAUCCAGGCCACAGGUGUAAGAUGGGAUCAUCUUCUUGUCACAGUACUCCCAGGUUUGCCAACAACAGCAGAGGUUUUCCUCCUGCUUGACAAACAGCUUAAUGGAGUGGAUCACAAGAAGAAAUCUGCACAUUUAAAUCAGCUCUGUGAGAUGAUGCUGAAUGCCUUGAAUCAAAAUCUGGUUCAGUUCACCCUGCGGCCUGGGGUCCAGGUCACAGUCUACGCAGCACACCUUUCAGCAGCACCCCUAGUGGACAGCAGUGAGAACCACAAUACCCCUGCCAUGCUGAUGCUGCUGUCAGUUGUGGUUGGAGGUUUAGCUGUAUUUGUCAUCUAUAAAUUUAAGAGGAAGAUCCCAGGCCUCAACGUCUAUGCGCAGAUGCAGAACGAAAAGGAACAAGAAAUGAUCAGUCCAGCUACUCCAACAGAGGCUACGCCCAGCUCCAAGCAGGACGUGGAUCAUUCUGUGGAGACUUUGGACACAGCGUUCAACCCACAGCAUAUUGGAUGUAAGAAACCUGAUGUUUAUGUGAAAUUCUCCACAGAACUCCCCACGUAUGUCGUCUAACCUGUGGAAUGGAACACUGCUCCUGCUGCAUCAUAUACUGUAUUUGUUUUUAAAAAUGUGGGACUCUGUGUCUUUUAGCUUCGUACCUGUGCAUGUUCGACCCAGCUGUCACAUAGCGUACCCCACUAAAACCAGAGAAUAAAUUUCUUUACACACAUCCAAUAAACUCUAUUUUUAUCACUAUAUUUAUAUAACUCACAUCAACAAUUCAUUAAUAGCAUGACCAAGAAGGCUGACAGAUUUCAUAAGAAGCAAUGCUUGGUUAUACCUACCUAAGAAGGCAGCAGUGUAUUAUUUAUUCAUUUAAAGUUGUUAUUGAACUGAAUUACGUCUUUGUACUUUGUAAAUAAUGAAUGUCAUUCCGUGUUAAUAAUAUGCAGUAUGUAUUUAAAUAACAAGUGUUAUAUAAAACAAAAUUGUUGCAUAAGUUAUGAAUAGGGAACAGUAUUUUAUUGCCACAAAUGUGUUGUUUUUAGAAAACAUGGCACAAUACAUUUUUUCUAUUUAUAAUUUUUAUUUAGGACAGGGUGUGUUUUUAAUGGUUUUAAUAUUGCUGUUGCCCUAAACUGAACACAUUUCAUAAAUAUUUCAGAAUUAGAGCCUAUUUGAUCCAAGUAAUCCUAAAUAAACACCGCUAUUACACUCUAGAAACAGUUGGAAGGGCCAGGCAAAAUCAUCUGGUUGGUUAUGUUAAGGAUCUACUAGGUCUGUGCUGAUGAAAAGUGCUGUUAAAAGAACAUUUAUCGCUUUUUCAUUAUUCAUGGGUUUGUGCUGCAAGUGUUAUGUGCCACUCUUUUACACCAUAUCCUCCAGUCUGCAGAAAUACAGAUUUUUUUUUUUGAGAAAUCUGAAUAAUA